CAUCUAAUGCCGAGGCUGAAAGAAUCGCGCUCCCACGAGUCUUUGCUCAGUCCCAGUAGUGCUGUUGAGGCUCUGGAUCUCAGUAUGGAGGAAGAGGUGGUCAUCAAGCCAGUCCACAGUAGCAUCCUGGGACAGGACUAUUGCUUUGAGGUGACGACUUCAUCAGGCAGUAAGUGCUUCUCCUGUCGUUCUGCAGCAGAGCGAGAUAAAUGGAUGGAAAACCUGCGGCGUGCCGUGCACCCAAAUAAGGACAACAGCAGAAGGGUGGAGAAUAUGUUAAAGUUAUGGAUUAUUGAAGCCAAGGAUCUGCCAGCUAAGAAAAAGUACUUGUGUGAGUUAUGCCUGGAUGACGUUCUUUAUGCACGAACUACCUGUAAAUUGAAAACUGAUAAUGUAUUUUGGGGGGAGCACUUUGAAUUUAAUAACCUCCCGUCGCUCAAAAACAUCACGGUGCACUUAUACAAAGAGACUGACAAGAAGAAGAAGAAGGACAAGACCAACUUCAUUGGGCAGGUGAACAUCCCCGUCAGCUCGGUCACGGGCCGGCAGUUCGUGGAGAAGUGGUACCCAGUGCUCAGCCCCAACCCCGGGAAGGGCAAGUCCCCGGGGCCCAUGAUCCGCAUCAAGUCCCGCUACCAGAGCAUGAGCAUCCUCCCCAUGGAGAUGUACAAGGAGUUUGCUGAGUACAUCACCAACAACUACAUGGUGCUGUGCUCGGUGCUGGAGCCCUCGCUGAGCGUGAAGAACAAGGAGGAGAUGGCGGCUGCGCUGGUGCACAUCCUGCAGAGCACGGGCAAGGCCAAG